CCCAUUUUUUGGGUUUGAAACUCACUUUUAAUAUAAAUAAGUGCAGCAGUAUUCCAAUUAAAUCAGUUCACUCUGAAACAUUCAGAAUAGAUUAACAAUAUCAAAAAGGAUUCUAAUAAUCAAAAUGUUCAAAUACAUUUUCGUAUUAUGCUUUGUAGUUGCCAUGGUGGCUGCUCAUCCCCACAAGAAGGAGGAGCAUGGCCACGAACAUGGUCAUGAUGACCAUAAGGGACAUGGUCAUGAUGAUCACAAGAAACAUGAUGAUCAUCAUCAUGACGAUCAUAAGGGCCAUGAUGAUCAUAAGAAACAUGAUGACCACAAAGGACAUGGCCAUGAUGACCAUAAGGGACAUGAUGACCACAAGAAACAUGAUGAUCACCAUCAUGACGAUCAUAAGAAACAUGAUGAUCAUAAGGGCCAUGAUGACCAUAAGGGUCAUGGUCAUGACGAACAUGGUCACGAUGAUCACAAGGGACAUGGCCACGAUGAUCACAAAGGUCAUGAUGAUCAUAAGAAACACGAUGACCACAAAGGACAUGGCCAUGAUGACCACAAGCAUUAA